UUCAGCGCGCUUGAUCGCGGCUUGGCGGCGGCCUUCCCGGAGACGCAGGAGGCGGCUUUGGCAGCCGUUGGCGUCGCGCGCGAUUCCAGGAGGCGGGAAACCGGCGAGGGCAGCUCGGAGUACUUCUCCAUGGAGGACCAUCUGGCGUCCAUGGCUGCCCGCAUCGAGCCCGUCACCAAGCUCGGCUGGGAGCUGCGGAAGGCGGCCGAAGAGCUGGUGCCCAUGCUGUGGCCUGGGGAGGCGGCGCCGCAAGACAUCUCCGGCCUCAUCUCCUCGAUGGAGCAGGCGCCGGACCGCUUCCUCGACUGGAAAGAGUCGGCCACGCGCGCCGGUGCCGAUAUGGCGCUGUCCUUCGUCCUCUCCUGGUACAACGAGGUGGACCUGGGGCAGCUUGAGUUCCGGCGAGCCGGCGUGGAGGACAAGCUCCCAGCCGACUUCAAGGCCGCCCGCCUUGCUCGAGCCAGCACCAUCGCCGACUUCGUCGACAAGACGCUCUUCGUCGCGGACCCGAACCCUCCUCCAUCCGAUGGAGAAUACCUGGAUGAUGAGGAGGCGGAAGGUGUGCCUGAGGACGACCCGGCCGCCGGCUCCACUGAUGCCCCUCCGGCUUAGAUUUCCUGCUUUUCAGUUGUUCUUUUGCAAGACAAUUUAUUAAAUCCCCGGGAUGCCGGGUGCAGAUGUAAGACAAUAUUAUCGCCUUUUAAUUAUGCCACACUUUAA